AUGACAGACCAGCAAGAGCUUGGACAAGCUGUGCAGAAAAGAAACUUCGAAUUUUUUACCCAGACGAAGACGACAGAGCCACUGACAAAGCCGACCAGUGUUUUCGACAUCGUGGAACCUACUAGUUCUGUACGGCAGCAGACGUUGUCGCCUGUCCCCGUGCAGAGUACCGCAGAGACCAGCUAUCAAGCCAAGCGCUCUUCCUUUCGCCUUUUCACAAUUUUAGUUGCCCUCUACCUGACGCUUUUCGUUGCGGCCUUAGAUCAAACAAUUAUUUCUACUGCAAUUCCAACAAUUACUUCAAGCUUGAGCUCAGCAAGCGGAUACACAUGGAUUGGCGCCGCAUAUUUAAUUGCCAACGCGGCGGCAGGACCGAUCUGGACCAAGCUGAGCGACAUAUGGGGACGAAAGCCGAUGCUUCUGAGUAGUGUGGCAUUUUUCUUCAGUGCGAGCAUUGUAUGCGCAGAAGCGACUAGCAUGAAAAUGUUGAUUGUUGGGCGUGCUUUUCAAGGGACUGCCGCUGGGGGUAUGCUAAGUCUGGUAAUCGUUACAAUCAGCGAUCUUUUCAGCAUGCGAAGACGAGCAUUGUGGCUUGGAAUAUUGGAAGUGAUGUGGGCCAUUGCAGGGGGGACCGGUCCGGUACUUGGAGGAAUAUUCGCCCAAGACUUGAGCUGGAGAUGGAUUUUCUGGAUAAAUCUACCUGUUUGUGGAACUACCUUUUUCUUAUUGCUCUUGUUCUUGGAUGUACACAACCCAAAGACAAGAAUGGUCGAUGGUCUGAAAGCCAUUGAUUGGGCAGGAAGUCUUUCAAUUCUUGCGGUCACACUCAUGGUUCUGCUAGGAUUUGAUUUUGGUGGAGAGACCUUUCCUUGGACUUCGCCGAAGGUGAUCUGUCUGCUUGUCUUUGGCAGUUUUGCUAUCUUGAUAUUCAUUUUCUCCGAGAAAAGAUUUGCCAAAUACCCCCUCAUGCCUCUGUUCUUGUUUAAGAAUCGCUCAAAUGUUGCUGCUUUAGUCGUCACUCUUAUCCAUGGAAUUGUGUUCAUUGCCGGAGAGUACUAUCUACCGCUAUUUAUACAGAGCACGCGUGGAGCAGAUCCAAUCUAUAGUGGCAUUCUUGUUCUUCCGUUGAACCUCGCUGAAGCUAUCGCUGGCAUACUCUGCGGCAUUCUUAUGCAUCAUUUUCAUACACACAAGGAGCCGAUCUUGUGCGGAACGUUGCUAAUGACCUUGGGUACGGGACUCUACAUAAAUCUGGACUGGAGCUCUCCCAUCACUAAAUUGAUUUUAUUUGAGCUUCUUGGAGGUUUUGGAAUCGGUCUAUUAUUCAAUCCUCCAAUAAUUGCAAUUCAAAAUGAGGUACCACAGGAGCAUGUUGCAACAGCAACAUCGACUCAAGCUUUUGUGCGUACAAUGGCCAACGCGAUCGGGGUGGUCAUUGGUGGGAUCAUAUUCGAGCAUAGUAUGACCGAAAGAUAUAGCGACUUGGUGCGAGCAGGUCUCCCAGAGAACUUACUGACAAGUCUGUCGGGCGAAAAAGCUGCGGCAAAUGUUGGUCUUGUUCGAAUAAUCCAUGACGCAAAGCAGGCCCAAGCCGUUAAGGCUGCCUUCGCACACAGCCUCAGGAACAUGUUUAUCUUCUAUACCUGCUGUGCAGUCUUGGCAGUGAUUGCUGCAUUCUUUGUUCGAGGUUCGAGGCUGUCAGAAGUACACCAGGAAACACGUACGGGCCUCUUGACAUAUUCGAAAGACAACGAUAAAGCACGAGCUUCUACUGGGGAUGGAAUUGUUGGCGAGCGAUGA